CCCGCACUCAAAAAGAAGACGACGAAGACGACGACGAAGCAACAGAAACAGAAACGACAGAAGACUGGACCGACGACUGACAAGUUAUGUAAACGCAUGCUUCCGUUAGCGGGGUGUCCGCUUGGUCCACUUGAAGCAACUUCUUCGCGCAGCGGACUUGUUUGAUUCCCGCCACUGAAGCCAAUGCCCAAUGAUACUGGAUCACAAUAACAAAGAACUUGAGACGCAAAUGUGGAAACGUCUUCAGGUUUCGUCCAAAGGACUUGGCCUAAAAUGGAUGUGUGUCUUUGAAGGCAUCACCUGCAUAUAGAUCUCCAAUUGCACCAUGACCACGCAUACCACCACAAGGUCAUCGUCCACAUACUCAGUCGAAGGUGACGAUGCAGCGCUCACGUCCGGGUCAUCCUCAGCGGUCGGCGAUGACGCACUGGUGUGCAGCUGGAUGCGACGCUUCCGGGACGUGGGCCCCGUCACGCUGCAGCUGGAAGGCGGGCCCGCCUGCGCCCGCCUCUACUGUGAUGACAUUGACGGUCUGGCGGAGGGCGGAGGCCUAGCCGAGGCCUUCCUGGUGGAGAUCUUCCGCUGCAAGCUGUGCCAGUUCACCUGUGGCCUCAAGAGCGCCAUCUGCAGUCACCUGCUGAUGGUUCACACCUCAUUGGAGGAGGCGGGGAUUCAGCGGUCGCCCCCCACCUACACCCUCGAACUUAAGCACGACGAUGACGAUUUGCUGCUGUACGACAUGUUGCACGACAUCGGCCCAGACGCGGGGUUAAAGGUCGCGCACAGCUGUGAGCAGGUCAGCAGCCUGUUUGAAGACGACGAGUCCAUCUUCCCCGUGAAGACCACAUCGGGUUCCACGGAUGCCACUUCCGAGGAGACGGCACAGUCCGCCCACCUCAUGACGCUCGGACUGUGUCGCAUCACCGCCCCACGGCCGGCUGCACCCCUGCCGGAGAUCCCGCAGCCUCUUGUCUCCGGACGGGCGCGGUCGACCGAUCCGCCGUCGGACCCGCUGACAUCCGAGGACGCAGGGAAGGGUGCUAAAAAGAAAAAUGAUGCUUGCCGUCUAUCCAAGAGACAUCGUGCGUGGCGUCAAGCGAACCGGCGCCGCCGGAAGCGGUCGGCUGAGCGGCAGGCGGAGCUAAAGUCUCGCAGGAGGAGGACGGUUGUGAAGAAGAAAGAGGAGGAGCAGGGGCAAAAACAGCCAGACUCACAUGACUUCGGGGACGCAGACGAAAGUCGUCGUGUGAUUGAACCAGCUGACAGGAAAAAAAAGAAGAAGAAGAAGGUGACGACGCACCUGGACAGCUCUCGUCACAGAUCAUCAGAAGGAGGAAACGAAUUCGUCUGCUCGCUGUGUCACAAGAAGUUGUCCAGCAAAGUGACCCUGCAGCGCCACCUGGGGGUCCACACUGGAAUCAAACUCUUCACCUGUCCCACCUGCCCGUACACUAGCAGAUUCAAAGAGUCGCUGCAGCAGCACGUCAGGACGCACACCGGUGAGAAGCCGUACAGGUGCGCCUUGUGUCCCUAUGCUUCCAUCGACCGGAGUUCUCUGCGCCGACACUCCCGAACGCACAGCCAAGAAAAACCUCACAAGUGUCAGCAGUGCAACUACAGCAGCAUCCAGAAGAAGAGUCUGGAUCUGCACGCGCGACGCCAUCACACCGGGGAGACGUUUCCAUGCCAACAGUGCCACUACGCCAGCGCAGACCGCCAGCUGCUGCUGAGACACAUGCGUCGACAUCAUCCUCCUCCUGCUCCUCCUCCUCAGCACGCAUCGUCGCCAUCUUAA